AUGGCAAAGGAUCAAAUUCACGUGCUAAAUGCACUUGAUGUGGCAAAAACACAAUGGUACCAUUUCACUGCAAUAAUCAUAGCUGGUAUGGGCUUUUUCACAGAUGCAUAUGAUUUGUUCUGCAUAUCUCUUGUUACCAAGUUACUCGGCCGUAUAUACUAUCAUGUUGAUGGUGCAGCGAAGCCGGGAACAUUGCCUCCUAAUGUUUCUGCGGCUGUAAAUGGGGUUGCCUUCAUUGGAACACUUUCAGGACAACUUUUCUUUGGUUGGCUUGGAGAUAAGUUGGGUAGGAAAAAAGUCUAUGGCAUGACACUCAUGAUCAUGUUUAUAUGUUCUAUUGGUUCUGGCCUUUCUCUUGGACACACUCCAGAAUCUGUCAUGGCAACUCUUUGCUUUUUUCGCUUUUGGCUUGGAUUCGGUAUCGGUGGGGACUACCCACUUUCAGCUACCAUAAUGUCAGAAUAUUCUAAUAAGAAGACUCGUGGUGCCUUCAUUGCUGCCGUCUUUGCAAUGCAGGGGUUUGGAAUUUUGGCGGGUGGUAUAUUUGCAAUCAUAAUGGCUGCUAUAUUCAAGGCUAAAUUUGAUUCUCCAUCUUACGCGGUUGAUCCACUUGGUUCUACCGUUCCAGAAGCAGACUACGUUUGGAGGAUAAUAGUGAUGGUGGGAGCACUCCCAGCCGCAUUGACUUACUAUUGGCGGAUGAAGAUGCCAGAAACUGCUCGUUACACCGCUUUAGUAGCUAAGGACAUGGCACAAGCAGCAUCAGAUAUGUCUAAGGUUCUACAAGUUGAGAUUCAAGCUGAACCAAAGAAACAGGACCAUUCAAAGGUUAAACCAUAUGGCUUAUUCUCAAAAGAAUUUUUAAGUCGCCAUGGACUACAUCUUCUUGGUACAGCAUCCACUUGGUUCCUGCUCGAUAUAGCAUUUUAUAGCCAAAAUCUAUUCCAGAAGGAUAUCUUCAGUGCAAUUGGUUGGAUACCUCCUGCACAAACCAUGAAUGCACUUGAGGAGGUUUACAAAAUUGCAAGAGCUCAAACACUUAUUGCUCUUUGCAGUACAGUUCCAGGCUACUGGUUUACCGUGGCUCUCAUCGACAGGAUCGGAAGAUUUGCAAUUCAAUUGAUGGGAUUUUUCUUUAUGACCGUCUUCAUGUUUGCGCUUGCCAUCCCUUAUGAUCAUUGGACUCAUAAGGAUAACCGAAUAGGAUUUGUGGUAUUAUAUUCCUUGACCUUCUUCUUUGCAAAUUUUGGACCUAAUGCUACCACAUUUGUUAUACCGGCAGAGAUUUUUCCCGCUAGAUUUCGUUCUACUUGUCAUGGAAUAUCAUCCGCAUCAGGAAAGCUCGGUGCUAUAGUAGGUGCAUUCGGGUUCUUAUACUUGGCACAAAAUAAGGACAAGAGUAAAGCAGAUGCAGGAUAUCCUGCCGGUAUUGGAGUGAAGAAUUCACUGAUAGUAUUGGGUGUGGUUAAUAUUUUAGGAUUCUUAUUUACUUUCUUAGUGCCCGAGGCAAAUGGAAAAUCAUUGGAAGAGAUGUCAGGUGAGAACGAAGAGGAGGAAAUUGAAAGCAAAGAUGUGGAAAAAUCUCAGAAUAGCACUGUUAAAAAUAUUUAG